AUGUGGGAUGAGAAUAAGACGAUGAAAUGUCUUGUAUGGAACGGGAAACAUAAUAUUGAGUACACCGAACAUCCGCGACCGAAAUUGACCGAACCGAAGGAUAUCCUGCUUCGGGUGACAGCGACAACGAUUUGUGGAUCGGAUUUGCAUCUACUCAAAGACACGUUUCCUGGGAUGAAGAAAGGGGAUAUUCCAGGUCAUGAAUUCAUGGGAGUUGUCGAGGAGAAGGGCGAAGGUGUGCAUAAGUUGAACAUCGGCGAUCGGGUAAUUGUCUCUUUUGCGAUAGCUUGUGGUGAAUGUUCGUAUUGUAAAAGAGAGGAGUUCACCGCUUGUGAGACGACAAAUCCAUCAACUGCAAUGGAAGCUGUUUAUGGACACAAAUGUGCAGCCUUUUAUGGAUAUUCACAUUUAACGGGCGGUGUGCCGGGAGGUCAAGCAGAGUUUGUUCGAGUGCCAUUUGCUGAUUUCAACUGCAUGAUUGUUCCGGAUGACAUCCCGGAUGAGAAAGCUCUUUAUAUGACGGAUAUCAUGGUUACUGGACUUCAUGGAAACAAAUGUGCUGAAGUUGGAGAAGGGAAAACGGUGGCAAUUUGGGGAAUGGGACCGAUUGGGUUGAUGGCUGCAAAAUGGGCGACAAUUCUUGGGGCAAAAAUGGUCAUUGGAAUUGAUUGUGUUCCGGAACGUCUCGAACUGGCUAAAGAUAGACUCCACAUUGAAACAAUUAACUUCAAAGAAGAGGACGUUUUGAAGCGUCUACCUGAGCUCCUUGGGGCAAACGAAUUGGAUUGUGCUAUUGAGUGUGCCGGUUUUGAUUACACCCACUCAUGGCUACACAAGAUCGAAACUUUUGUUGGCCUCGAGACAGACACCUCUGAGAUUAUCACGCAAAUCUUCAAAGCUGUUCGAAAGUACGGCAACGUUGGUUUAAUUGGUGACUAUGUGGGAUUGGCCAAUCAUUUCCCAAUCGGAGCAAUGAUGGAGAAGAAUUUGACGAUAAAAUCAGGGCAAACGCCCGGGUUACGGUAUUGGGAUUUCUGCUUGGAGAAGAUGCGAAGUGGAGAAAUGGAUCCAACCUUUCUCGUCACCCAUCGCGGUUCUCUCGCUGAUGGACCGACCUUCUACAAAGCUAUGUGCGAUCAAAAAGGAGGAUUGAUCAAAGUUUUCAUGCGACCAGAGAAUUUUGACCAAAAUGCAGAGAAACCAGUUUUAUUGGAUGCU